CCCGUGUAUAAAAUCCUAGAUUUUUACACCCUAGAAACCGCAAAAAGUAAAGAGAAGAGAAGAAAAGAAGUUGUCCAAAUUCCAGUUAAAGUCCCCCCACCGAUCUCUCUCUUCUUCGAAUCAAUUAAGAAAUGGCGGUAGGUGGAACUGCUCCCCCUAGAGGAAGUGCAGCAGCAGCUGCAAGCAUGCGAAGGAGGAGGACAACAAGUGGUGGAGCUUCAGGAGGAGCAGCUGGGACUAUGCUUCAGUUUUAUACUGAUGAUGCUCCUGGACUCAAGAUCUCUCCAAAUGUCGUGCUUGUUAUGAGCAUUGGUUUCAUUGCUUUUGUUGCCAUUCUCCAUGUUGUCGGAAAGCUUUACCUUGUUCGUAGGGAUGCUUAGUCUGUAUACGAAACUCAGUUUGGUAUCUUGAAUUUUGGAUAUUGAAUCAAUAGACUAAUGGCUUAAGCAAUGGAUGUCUGUUUUGAAUCAGCAGGCUAAUCGUUGUUGCAAUUAUCACAUUCUUUGUUUACUACACGAACCAAAGUUUUUUAUUUUCUUAUUUAUGGCGGUUUAAUGACGAUUAUGAUUUAUCAUCUUUUGACAUAAUUUCACAGC